AUGGACUCCUCUCUCGCAUACAAGCGUGCCCUGCAGGAGAUGACAGUCUACGACUUUACCCAAGUCGAUGUUCCAUUGAUAUCGCGGCAAGAUGAUGCCAUGGGUUGCCUGCAGGAUUUGCCUUUGAAAGAUAUGGAAGGCCGUUACCUCGCCAAGAUGGUCAUUGACUUGGUUCCGGAUAUGGUAUGGGAGUCUGUGAAUUUCCAACAGUUGGAAGAAUGCAUGAUGCAAAAGCAGUACAAUGAGCUCCCUCCUCCAUUUGGCCCCAAGGUGCUUAUCUCAAUGCCGUACAAAUUGCAGAUUGCCAUCGUGAAGACGAGCCUCACACACUGCACCGUAAUCAAGUACUACUCCUUCGACCAGAAAGUCAAUAUACGACUGGUUGAAGACAUGGCCUAUGGCACUUUGAAGUUGUUAGACUUCACUCCCAACUUCCGUGCCGGACCUUUGGCUAUACAGCUCAUGCUCAAGCAAAUGUCGCACUGCUUUGCCCACUACAUUCAAGUGGUACCAAAACCUGCCAAGGAGUCAAAGCCCAAGCAGAACACAGACGACCUGCAGAGUGGCUUUGCCUACAUCAAGGCCAACGGUCCCAGAAGCAACAUUGGUAAUCAACAAAUUGAAUGGGCUGAAAUUGAAACCCGGCGGACCGACAGUCCACUUCACGGAUGGUCAGCUGGAUUGGUUAAGGAAUGCCUGCGAGGGCAUGCGAGUGGGAUCGUGUAUGCGAAGACCAUGAACGACUUCUAUCUGACUCUGCACGACCUGGCCGCCUGGUUCUUAGACGACGUUGUUGUUGAACUUCUUGGAGAUCUCAAGUCAAAGACCAUUGUUUUCCUCGGCUUGGCUGAGAAAGGGAAGACACCGGCAGCGCAAGCUAUCGCCAUGGCAGUCAGUGAGUACUACAUUCUGCGAGACAACAAGGACGAUGGCAUUCAGCCGGGUUUCCGUAUAUGCUCUUCUCUUGAUCAAUUGCGAGGAGAGUCGGGCGAGAAGUAUCGUCCAGACAUCCUUGAUGACCCAGACAUCAACAUGGUACCAAUCCCUAAGUUGAAGAGUUUCCUCGACAGCUCUCUCGCAGAAUGCCACACAGUUGAGAGAUGGACAGCUGCAAGGUUUGUACAGAAUCAGUUACGCAUACUUUGCGACAACAAGAUCAAUGAGAAUGCGGAGCCUCCAGAAAGCAGCGGCCUCACCACAGACUUCGACAUCUUCUACGACAUGAUCAAGCCAGCAUUUCACGACAAAGCGAACCUCCAGGACAUCAUGGCGUGUUUAAAGCGUGCUCACUUUGUUGUCAACAUGAACCAUGCCAUCUUCAUACGGAAGGCCGGAACGACCAAGGACCCGGUCAUGCGUGUGCCUUAUGUGGAUGGGAUGCGGGAUUUUCUUAGUGAAGAUGGAAAGUCUGUGAUUCGCUACAUGCAAGACGGCAACAAAUGCCCCCCGACAAACUGGGUGCAGAAGCGACAAUGGUCGCACGAUCUUAUGACUUUGAUCAUAGAGACACAGAAGAAACCUCCCCGGACGAAAACAAUUAUCUCGUCAGCUACCUUCGCUGGUGGUUCUAGAACGCGCAAGGAGAUCAAGCCUUCACUUCCAUUCUCUGGCCGUGUUUGUCCCGCUUUCAUUGCUCAGGAUCAGGCACAUUCCUCAGAGAACAUGGUAAAGCCCAUAUCAUCGGAGGCGCCGGGUACAUCUUCAGAUUCCAAGUCUUUGCAGUCAGAGGUCCCAUCUUCCAAGGCGUCGGUCGCCCCGACAGAAAUCAAGGAAGAGCUGGACGACGACAAGAAUCGCUUUCACAUGAUGCUCUCCAACCCGGACUUUAACACUGUCAUCGACUUGGAUCCUACUCCAACAUCGCCACCUCCAGCCAAGCGGCCACGCUCUACGACAACGGAUGAGGUUGAUCAUGAUGACAACGAAAUGGAUGUCGCAGACGACGAUAUUCUUCCUCGUGUCGGUGUGAAUCCGGAAGAUUGA